UGUUGGCUUCAUUUCUGUCUUAAGCUAGAAAUUUGUAUUUCUAUGGUAGUGGCUUGUGUAAGACUGAUUGCCAGUAGGUUGUUGGGAUAUUAUUUGCACAAGUGUACACUUUCUGUAUAGUGUAUACUUUCUGUAUAGUGUAUACUUUCUGUAUAGACCACUUUUUGUGGCUGUCUGAAAUAGUGAUCCUGUUUAGAAUUUUGAUACUGUGCUUUGUGUCACAAUGAUCCAAUAAGAAAAUCUGGCCAACUUCAGAUGAUCCAACAAACCAUAGUUUCUUAGAUUGUGAACAAGCUAACAGUCCUGUGUUCAGUCUGUGUAAGAACAGCCCUGCUGGAUCAGGCCCAUGACCCAUCUAGUCCAGCAUCCUGUUUCACACAGUGGCCCACCAGAUGCCUCUGGAAGCCACAGGCAGGAGUUGAGGGCAUGCACUCUCUCCUGCUGUUACUGCCAUGCAACUGGUACUCAGAGACAUCCUGCCUUCGAGGCUGGAGAUGGCCUCUUCCUUCUUUACUUGCACACCCUUCUGAAUGGAACACGUUCUAGUUUCUUAAACCACAGUUACCUGUGAUGUCCAGACUGAGGAACUAUGGUUUAAACGCUCCUAGCAAAUUGGAAUAUCAAAUCAUGGUUUGAUAUCCAGGGUGUUGAGUUCAUUAAACCACAAUUUCCCAGUUUGGCCAUCAUGGAAAACUUGGUUUUAAAAACCAGGAUGUGUUCCAUGAGUUAAGGAAAAGGGAAGCUAGAAGAUAACACACAGAGCCUUGUCAACUCAUUCAUGUAUUUUGGAUAAUCCAAACUGGGCUAAUGUAAGGUGUUUGCUUUUUUAGCCAGAUUCUUUAAAGUUGCCCUGCUAUAAAUAUGAAAUGUGAAAUGCACAGCAGGACCAGAUGAAUUUAUCCUCCUCCCCACACCACCUUUCCCCUUUAUGUCAUGUCUUCAUGGAAGCGCACACCAUUUUAAUUAAUGCCUGGAUGACGAGAGCUUUUAUUGUUUCAGUAUUGCAUCUGGCGAAAUGUGAGUGUAUUGCUGAUUAUUGAAAAAUGCCUUAUUUGGUAUUGAUUCAAGGCAUAUUUUCUGCCUACUUUAAACGAGAUGCUGCAAUCAUCUCUCAUUUUCAGAUAAUUUCUUCAUUUUAUUCUUAGAUAUGUUUAAUUUUUGUCAGUAGUAUCAUCUGGUUUCCAGCUGAAAGAUUCUGUGUUUUUCCCCAUUUUCAAUCAGUAUUUGAUAAAUCACAUUGGGGUAUCAUUGGAUCAUAUCAAAAUCCCCUUUUUGAGAUGGGCAGGAUUCUGGGUGCAUCUCUGGGUGCAAGAAUACUUAAAAAUGUUAUCUGUGGUGUUAAAUUCAUACUUGCGGUGGGGUGGGUUAUUUUCACUGUACAGAAGAAUGCACAGAUUGACCUUAACAGGGAGCUUCAUGAUGUCCAUGACGUUUUGCAACAUAACAUCAGAUGCUUUGCAGUCAUUAAUAGUGUUAUGACCCUAUCAUAUAAAACACAGAUGCAUUUUCCCCAGAUUACCUUGAUUAAUAUACUAUUGCUCAUUAAAUAUACAUUAUUUUUAUUUAUCUUUAUGUACUGCUUGAUAUAUGUAUCUCUAGAUUAUCUUUGGUAGGAAUGUUUUAAAAUUCCCACUUAAAAUCUAGUCUAUUUGUUUUUUUAAUCAGCUAUAGUAUAGUUUACUGUAUCUGUCACUGACAAGUUUCUUAUUUAGGAUAGUAGAUUCUGACAGUACUCAUAAUAGUAGAGUAGUUGGAUAUUUCUGCUUCGGCCCAAUCAGGUUUAGUGAAAUGUGUUUCUUCUCUGAUUUGAACACCUUAUUUUCUUUAAUGCCUUAAUGAAUACUUUGAAAAAUAAUCCUGCUGUUUGGACUACAAGGACAUUUAGAAGAUUUGAAUAGAAUUCUAAAGAAAAAUGAGGGUUUUCUAUCUGCUGGGGGGAAAGUUAGCUUAAAUGUCUCAAGCUCAGUCUUGUGUGUUGGGUUCAAACAAGGAUGUACUUUAAACAAAUGUAUAAUAUUACAAUUUGAUUAAUAUUGACUUUGCACUGUAGAGGAAUCCUCUCAAACUUCCCGUGGCUUCAUGUCAUUGUUAUGCUACCUAUCUAUUCUCUACUGUUCUAAUGCUUUUUUUCUCAUUUCUGUUUGAUGCAUUCUUUGGGGUAUAUGCAUGCAGCCUUCAGAGUACAGUUGCUACCUUGGCUCAGGAUCUCGGGCUUCUUCUAGAGCUAGUUCUGCUCGUGCAAGUCCUGUGGUUGAAGAAAGGCCUGAAAAAGACUUUGAGAAGGGAGUUCGAACUGUGUCGAGUUUGUCAGCAGCUACUCUGGCCUCUCUAGGUGGAACUUCUUCUCGGCGAGGCAGUGGAGAUACUUCCAUCUCAGUGGAUACUGAAGCAUCUAUUAGAGAAAUUCGAGAAAUUAAGGAUAUCAGUGAUUUAAAAGACCAGAUUCAGGAUGUAGAAGGAAAAUACAUGCAGGGCUUGAAGGAAAUGAAGGACUCCCUAGCAGAAGUUGAAGAGAAAUAUAAGAAGGCUAUGGUGUCAAAUGCUCAGUUAGAUAAUGAGAAAACCAAUUUCAUGUAUCAAGUAGAUACCCUAAAGGAUGCAUUGUUAGAAUUGGAAGAACAGCUUGCAGAAUCCAGGAGACAGUAUGAAGAGAAAAACAAAGACUUUGAGAGAGAGAAGCAUGCACAUACUGUUUUGCAGUUUCAGUUCAUGGAAGUCAAAGAAACUCUGAAGCAAAGAGAGGAACUUCUCGCAGAAAUUCGACAACUGCAACAGAAACAGGAGAGCUAUGUCAGGGAAAUUUCUGAUCUUCAGGAGACAAUAGAGUGGAAAGAAAAAAAAAUAGGGGCAUUAGAGAGACAGAAAGAGUUCUUUGAUUCCAUAAGAAGUGAGCGAGAUGAUCUUAGAGAGGAGGUGAUUGUGCUGAAGGAACAAUUGAAGCAACAUGGAAUAAUCUUCAGCUCAGAAGUAGCUACCAAUGGCGAAACCUCUGUUCCUCUUGAUAAAGAUGGAUUUUCUCCCAAGAUUGUUCCAGAGACAAGUCAUGCCCUUAAAGAAGUUGAGGAUGAUAUACUAGGCAGAGCCAAUGAAGUGGAGAUGAAAAAUGAGAUUUUGGAGAAUGUGGGGAAAAGAGAAAUCUUGCAGAAUACUGAGCAUGAGGAACACACAGAGGAUACUAAGGAGCAGGAAAUUGUACAGGAAUGUUCGGAGAUAAAGACUUUGCAUGCUGAUGAAAAUGCGGAGGCAGAGAAAAUCAUUGAAGGCAAAGUUGCAUCAACAUUGAUAUUAAAUAGUGGACUUGAGGAACCAGCUAAAAGUCAUUCAGAGCAUGUUCCAGGAAUUGUUGAUUCCCUUGAAAAUAGUGAUGUAGUUGAAUUAAGGAGUGAAGCGGGGUUACUGGGUAAUACCACAGAAGUGGAAGAGUCUGAUAGAAAAGAUGUUGAACAUGGAAAUAUUGUAAGUAAAACUGGUAACCAAAGUAAAGUAGCUUGUCUAGGUAUUGAGACUAAUCAGGAAAUAAUUGCAGGUUUAGAAAUGCUUCCCCAACAGCAAGGUAAAGAAAUGCAAAAAGAUACUUUAGCUGAUGAGGCAGAAGGGAAUAAUAAUGAAGUAUUUCAAGAAGCUUUGGAUUUUGUGAUUAAUAGUCAAAGGGCAAGUUCCAGUCAACCAGAAUUACUAGAAGAUAUUCUUACCAAAGCACCAAGUUCUGAUUCUAAUACUGAACUGCGGUGUAAUGCAAAAGAAAAUACCGAAAGCAAGGUUGCUGAUUUGGAGGAAGACAUUGAAGGUGAAGAGGAUAUUAAAAUAACCAGUAAAGCAGAGUGGGACAAAAAUGAGCCUGGUAAUGAAGAGAGUGACACUGAGAAUGUAAUCCAGGAAGAGCAGGAAACCAAAGUAGUAGCAGAACAGGCAGAAAUGACAAGUCCUAGUGAAUAUACACCAGAUGAGUUUGUAGAGGAACAAAAACAAGUUGAAAUGGAAGAAAUCCAGUUCCUGGCUUCAAAACAUGAUCCAUGUGUUGAAGAGGAGCAACAUGAGCAAGAAACAGGAGGUGAAAAUAACCCUGAAAAGAGUUCCAUUAAGGAGAACGAUCAGAAAGAAGCUUUGUUAGGAGAAUUGUGUGCACACUCGGACUCUGAGAAAAAGAAUGAGCAAGAUGCUGUGAAAGAUACCUUACAUACAGAAGAAACUGCUGGAGAUGAUGUUAGUCAUAAUGAAUGCCAGGCCUAUGAAGAAAGCAAUGUAGACAUAGGAGAUAACUCUAGAAAAUGCAAAGAAAUAAACUCUGAAUUCAUAGAUGACAAAACUCUGGCAAAUGCUUCAACACAUAAAGUAGUUACUUAUGACAGUCAGGAGGAAGAAGAAGAAGAAGAAGAAUAUUCUCCAGCACAAGAGAGAGACUGGCUUGUAGAAGAACAGAAUGUAAACAAACAAGAUAAAACUGUUCAUGAAUUGGCUAGAGCUACAACUAUAAACAUGGACACUAUUGAAGUACACAAAGGGAAUCAAGAGGAGAAUUGUGAAAAGACAGAGAAAGAGGUGUGUGAAGUUGUGCCGGAUACUAAAGCAGCUGCUUGCCUCAACUCACAGAAGGCUGAACUCAGUGAUCAGGAAGAAAAUCCCAACAGUGAAGAAGAAGUAGCUGUAGAAGAAUAUCAUGAAGCAUUUGAUUUUGAGGAAUCCAGAGAGCUAAAAACUACUGAAAGAAGUGAUAGUCAAGAUAAUGAAGAGGAGAGAAAUAAUGAUCAGGUACAAGAGAGAGAUGAUAUUGCAGAAAGUGCAGUGCAGAAUGUAAUCAAAGAAGACUAUGAAGAGGAGUAUAUGGGCCAAGAAAAAGUUGAAGAAAAUAUAGAGAGAAAAUAUCUAAACUUGGAAGAUGAGGUGAUAAAUGAGGGCACAUUGACUGAAGGUGAUGAAAAUAUUAAUCAGGAGAAAGGAGAGAAAUCUGAAGAAGGUCAACAUUUGCAAACUGAUUCUUUGGUUUCAGAGUCCUCAAAGCCUCCAUGUGAAUUGUUGGAGGACUCUCAUGAAAAGCUGAUAGAUAAAACCAGUAUAAAACCUGUUGCUACUGCAUAUACAUUAGAGCAGCUGGAAAGGCUAGAAAGUUCUGUGGAUGCAAGUGAAGAGGAAACACAGGUGGGUAGAAAGGGAAAAGGUAAAUCUCGGGAUGACUGUGUGUUAUCAUAACCUCAAGCUAAGACUGAGGUUAAGUUGUUACUUAUUAUAUACCAACUAUCUGAUACGUUACAGAGCAAAAUCUUAUUAAAAGACCAAAGAAAAAAUCUUCUAACCUGAUUUUUUUAAGAGUUUCACACUGAACUAGUUCCAUUUUAUAAAUUUAUGUAACUCCAUUUGUAUAGCAAUAGUAAUGAAAGAUUCUUUUUUAUUUCCAGGUUUAAUUUCUGUUUAUCAUAACACAAAACUAUUAAUAAUUCUCAUUCCUAAUAAAAUGGUUUUUAAAAAAUAUUUCACCAAGAAUGUAAUAUAUAGUUUUCAGUCUUAGUUAAGAUUUGAAUGUUCUUCGGAACUGACCACUUUUAAGUGCUUGCUAGCGAAAAAUUAUCAGAUGCAUUUAUGCUUGAUUUAAGUUACUAUAAAGCACUAUCAUUUCAAUAUCCAUGUGGUAACUUGCUGGAGAUUUACAAAAAUGCACUUUUAAAAUGCAGUUUUAGUAUCGACAUAUUCCAAAUAAAUGUUACUUAUCUUGCCAAAAUAUAGUUAGGUCAAUGUAGGAGUUUUGUAUUACAGAAUUUUGAAGUGAAAAACUGUUGGCUUGCUAAAAGAAAUAGGUCUACACUUUAGCCAUUCCACACCAAAUCAAGCCUUUUAUAUCUAACACACAUUUCUUAUUUUUAAGAAAGCUUCAGUUCACAUUGUGCUUUCUCUCAAGUAGUAAUUACUGUAAAAUUAUUCAGAUCUCUUUUCUUAAUAGUCUAUAUCAUGUUCUUUCCCUCUCCCUCAAAGCAAUAGCUGUAAAUGAAUGUUUUCUUAAAUCUAGAUUUUUUUCCUUCCUCUUAACUGAAAUGUAGGCAAUCUGAAUGUCUCUGUGAAUGCCUUAAUCAUUUCUUUAAAACCACAUAACCAAAGGUAAUGGCAACUGCUGUUUUAUGUGUGAAACUCCUAUUAAGUACACUGCCUUAAAAAAAAUUAUCAGCAUUUAAUUGCUUUUGAAUAAUGGCAUUUUCCUCGUUUAUGAGCUUGCAUCUUAUUUCCAAAUGUGCACAACUAGAAGGUUUUUUAUUGCAUAAAUAUAAGUGGUGUUAUGCUAUUAAAAUCAAGGGAGAAUGCAAAUUCUGAAAGUUUGUAGCACUAGAGCACCAUAAUAAAUGUAUUCCUUGUAUGCAGAUAGUAAAGCACAAAAAAGAACAAGCUGUAUGCCAUACACAUUGAGUUGUAUAUAAUGGAAAUAAACUUUUUAUACUGUAAAA